AUGUCGAGAGCGUCUCCGCUGGUGGUGCUGGACGUGGACACGGGUGUGGACGACGCCAUGGCCAUCAUGUUGGCCCGAAGCCUCGGCGCCCGCAUCUUGGCUAUCACCUGCGUUGCCGGGAACACGGACUUGGAGCGGGCGUACAACAACACGCUGAGGGUGCUAGGACUCGUCGAGGAGACGCGGGGAUGCCUGCUGUGGGGAUGUAGAGUCAUCAUUCCAGAGCAAGCGAGAGACCAGGUUUUGGAGCUGCUGCAUACCACGCAUCCCGGGAUCGUCCGCAUGAAGGCGCUUGCCAGAAGCACAGUUUGGUGGCCGGGUAUCGACCAAGAUAUCGAAAGGAAGGUCCGAACCUGCCUGCCCUGCCAGGAGACAAGGCCGCAACCUGCACGUGCAAGACUGCAUCCGUGGGAAUUUGCCAGAAACCCAUGGUCCCGAAUCCACAUCGAUUUUGCAGGACCCUUCCAAGGAAAGGUUUUUCUUCUGGUGGUGGAUGCGCAUUCGAAAUGGCUGGAAGUCAUCCAGAUAGCAUCCAUGUCGUCAGCAGCAGUGUGUCAAAGGCUGCGAGUGCUGUUCGCAACACACGGUGUUCCCGACACUAUAGUCUCGGACGAUGGGACAGCGUUCGUCUCACAAGAAUUUGAAGAAUUUUUGCAGAGAAACCAGAUCCGGCACGUUAAGGUGGCGCCAUAUCAUCCAUCGUCAAAUGGCCAAGUGGAGCGCAUGGUCCAAGAAACUAAACAAGUCCUCAGGCGCAUGGAAGGAGGCGACAUGGCCACCAAGUUGGCCCGAUUUCUUUUGAGUCAGCAUAUUCUCCCGCACUCAACGACCGGAAAGAGUCCGGCGGAAUUGUUGAUGGGUCGGAGACUCCGUACUGCACUGGACCGGGUUCACCCAGACCUACAAGCAGAGAUGGUGGACAAGCAAGAGGAACAAGCGCUGCGGGGAAAACAAGGUGUACGCGAAUUCGAGCCGCGAGAACCAGUCUUCAUCCGCAAUUAUUUAGCAGGCCCCAAGUGGCUACCCGGUAUCAUCACUGAGAUCACCGGUCCGGUGUCUUACAAGGUACCCGUGUACAGGGGCAACGCCUUCCCAUUGUCCGGCACACUGAACACGGAGCCGGCCUACUUCGACCAGGACGGCUUCGGUGGAGCGUCUGAGGACUACCCUGUGGGGGCCAACCCCGCCGGAAACUUCUCGGAGCACGCCUCCAUCCAGCUGGUCCGGAUGGUCCGCCAAAUCCCGGGCCAGAUCACGCUGAUCCUGCUGGGACCGGCCACCAACGCAGCGCUGGCCAUGAUGCUCGACGAGGGGUUUACCGAGAACCUGAAGGCCAUCGUCAUCUUGGGAGGAAACUACAAAGGUCAGGGCAACAUCCAGCCCGGAACUUCAUUCAACUUCUACGUGGAUCCGGAAGCGGCCGGCGUGGUCCUCUCGCGGGCUCGCUGCCCGAUCACGGUUGUGCCAUGGGAAACUGUUCGGGAGUCUCCGCUGCCCUGGGACAUCUACGAACGCCUGAUCCGAGGCAUGAGUAGAGAGGCGCAUUUCUUCGCGGACACUACUCGGAACAGCGUGUCCUGCUGCAAAGAAAACGACGAGGGCUACGUGGUUGGGGACCCCCUAGCGGUGUUGGCCGUCCUAGUGCCAGACGCGGUGACGUCAUCGUACGUGGCUCGCGUAUCCGUGGAGCUCGCAGGCAGAUUCACCAGGGGGCAGAUGGUACAAGCCUGGAAGGAGAGUCAGCUGCCAGGCGUCUCAAGGAACGUCACCAUCGCCACCAAGUUCUCGGAAAGCGCUCUGACUGAGGCGUUCGAGAAGCUGCUCGAGUGA